AUGACAUACCCAUCAUCCCAUUAUCGUUCAAACUCAAGUUUUUCUAGUGAGCUUGGAUAUAGAACCAGUGCGACAAGCGUAUUAUCGUCAACUGCAUCGACGGCGUCGACGGCAUAUACUCAGUUUACCUUACCUAUAGCUUCGCAAUACUCUUCGUACUCAUAUACAAGAAAGAUGUCUGGAGAAGUUGAAGAAGAUGAAUAUCAAGUAGAACAUGUGGACAUGCAAGCAAAUUGGUAUCGAAAAUAUUUUUUUGGAAAAGAUCAUCCAACAUUCAUAGGAAUCAUCGAGCCACAUGGACCGUUAAUAAUCUCAAUAAUAUUAGAUUCAAUAACAAUCAAGUCUAACCUCGAAGGUAUCGCUUGGUAUAGAUACAUUGUGCGAAGGAAAGAGCGGCCUGAUGAGAGGGGCACUUUGGCCGGUUCAUCCGUGUCUCCAUUUGGAGAACCUAUAUGGGAUAGCCUACUAAGAAUGAUUAAUAAAGAUUUUUCUUGUAAGCAGUUGACAAAAUUCAUAACUACACCGGAAUUAAGCGAAGAACUUCUGAAUUUAGAUGAAUCAAGAUUUCAGAAAUCUUAUAAAGUUGGAGUCUUGUAUUGUGCCCCAUCACAGAGAACGGAAGAAGAAUGGUUCUCCAACACAAAGACAUCAUACGAAUAUGAUCAUUUCUUAGAAAUAUUAGGGAAAAAAAUUAGGUUACAAGGAUGGGAUGGAUUUAAAGGUGGACUAGACACAAAGACCGGUGAAACUGGUGAAUACUCGGUUUACGACAGUGGAACGUGGAAUGAUUUUGAGAUCAUGUAUCAUGUGAGCACGAUGCUUCCUUACGGAAAGGACAAGCAUCAAGUCACCAGGAAAAAGCAUAUAGGGAAUGAUCCGGAUUAUGUUGUUGAGUUUCUGACAAUGAACACGUUCAUUCAAAAUUCCAUACUAGAUAUCGUGUGUAUAAUAUUUCAAGACGUUCCGCUACCAUUUUCCCCAUCUUCCAUACGUUCGCAAUUUUUACAUGUAUUCUUGGUAGUUAGUCCCAUGCAAACAAUUGAUGGAAGUAAAGCAUAUAUUGUGGACAUCGUUUACAAGAAUGGAGUUCCAAAUUUUGGCCCGAUGCUACCUAAUCCUCCAGUCUUUUAUAAUAUGAAGUCUUUAAAAAAAUUUUUGGUGGCUGCAGUAAUAAAUGGUCAGAAUGCUGCAUGGAAAACUCCGAAACUAAACGAUCCAUUCAUUCGAGCUCGCAACGGACGAAUUGACGACUUGACCAAAAAAUAUGCCCCCAUAAUACUUGCCCCAUUGACAUCUUGUCCUCAGUCUCCCAAGAAAAUAUCCCAAGAGGAACUUGACACUGCAUUAAGGCGUCUGUUUACCAGGGAAAUAAGAACUGACGGAUCGCCUCCGGACAUAAUGCAGGUAAAAUCAUUGCUUGACCAAGGAGCAAAUCCCAAUAUAAAAAUCUCAAGAUCAAGACGAUCUCGCGAUCAAUAUAUAAGUGACCUUAUGACUCAAGACACAACUAUUGGUUGCGGCAAGUUGCCAAAUAUUUUAUUCGCUACUAUACUACUAAGCGAUGAUCCGGUAUACGUGAAAUUAUUAAUUAACUACGGAUGUGAGACGAUGCCGAGAGACAAAUAUUAUCCAAAUGCGUUUGUGUUCGCUGCCAGACAUCAACGUGUCGAAACAAUGAGGUGCUUGUUAGAGAAUGUACCCGCACUAAGCGAUCCUCAAAGCGUUGAUGCUGCAAUAAAUGAACGAUUUCAAGGAGGUUGUGGAUCACAUUUAAGAGAAAGAUCCUAUGGCACGAAAAUAUGGUACGGAAUAGCAGGCGAAAUGAAAAAGUUGAAAAAACAAAUAAUGCACGGCUAA